GUUAGAGAGGGACAGGAACGAGUUAGAGAGGCGCAGGAGCGAUUUAGAGAGGCGCAGGAAGCGAGCAUGAAGCGCUGGAAGGGCUGCCACUGGCUGCUGCUGGUCUCGGUGCUGGGAGUGCUGGCUGUGGUCGGGGUGCUGGUGUAUGUGACGAGGAGAGGCUGCUGCCCCAGCCAAGCUCCCUACGCACACGCCGCCGUGGCCGCCGAUUCCACAAACUGUUCCAAAGUUGGCAGAGACAUCCUGCAGCAGGGAGGCUCAGCAGUCGAUGCAGCAAUCGCUGCCAUGCUCUGCAGUUCCCUGGUCCACCCCCAGAGUGUGGGCAUUGGCGGAGGAUCCAUCUACACCAUCUACCAAGCGGCCACAGACCGUGUAACAGUAAUUAAUGCAAGAGAGGUCGCCGCUAAGAAUCUUCACCCAGGCAUGUUUUCAAGGUGUUCGAAGACCGUGCCCAUCCCAGGUGCUCAGUGGAUCGGUGUGCCAGGAGAAAUACAGGGUUACUGGGAUGCACACCAGCAGUUUGGCAAAUUGCCCUGGAAGAGCCUGUUCCAACCAGCCAUACAGCUCGCGAGGAACGGAAUUGAAAUCAACCCCAUUUUAAAAAAAUUCCUCGAACACAUAUUGCUGAAACCGGAAUUAUUAAAGAGGAAGAUCGGUUCUUUAUUUUACAACGAUAAUGGAACCCUGCGUAAGACAGUACUUUACGCUCAGCUGGCAAAAACGCUGGAGACCAUUGCAAAACAAGGGCCGGGGGCUUUCUAUAAUGGAAAUAUCGCACAGGACCUCAUCAAAGAUAUCAUGAACGCAUCUGAUCACCAGGAUUCAGCAAGCAACCUCACACUGGAGGAUUUCCGACAAUACAAGGCGGUGGUGAUGGAGCCGCUGACUGUUUCCCUGGGGAAAUACACCAUGUACACUCCACCCGCACCCUCGCGAAGUGCCAUCAUCAUCUUCAUGCUCAAGAUAUUGGAAGGAUUUAAUUUCACCCCCAAAUCAUUGGAGAAAGAUCAGAAGGUCGAAACCUAUCACCGAAUAAUAGAAUCCUUGAAGUUUGCAAAUGGAGGGGAGGACAAGAUAAGUUCUGCCAAAAUAUUGCCGCAGCUUUUGGAGCAGUUUGCCCAGGCUGCCCGCAAGAAGAUCGACGGCCAAGCCCAUCCGCAAGAAUACUACAGCAACAUCUCCGGGGGAAAAGAGAGCUAUGGCACCAGUCACGUGUCAGUCAUCGACAGCGAGGGUAAUGCGGUCUCCGUCACCAGCAGUAUCAACCACCCGUUUGGUUCGAUGGUCUACUCAGAAAGUACUGGAAUCAUCCUGAACAAUCAGCUGACUGACUUCUGUGGCAGUGGAAAUUUAGAAGUUGCAGGACUGCAACCUCCAUCCUCCAUGUCUCCCAGCAUCCUGCUGUCCAAGGACAGAGAGUCGAUGAUGGUGUUGGGAGCAUCCGGCGGGAGCAUGAUCACCAGCGCCAUCGCUCAGGUCAUUACCAACAAGUUAUGGUUUGGACUCAACAUGAAGGAGGCCAUCACCCAGCCACGGAUUUACGUGGCUGCCGGGAAUGUUGUGCAUUUUGAAGGCUCAUUUGAUGUUGACACGAAGAACGCGCUGCUCCAGAAGAAUCACAGUUCGAAGAAGCCCUUGCCGCUGCCCUCCGUGGUGCAAGGGAUAUUCCGGGAGCACGGUUGCAUCGAGGCCGUGUCGGACGAGAGGAAGAAAGGGACAUCUGCCGGCUACUAGCCCGGGGGUCCCCAGCUGUAAUGACGGGGAAAAGGGGCAAUGUUGGAUCCACCUCGUGGAGUUCCACAGUUGAGGCCGCUGUAGCCCCAAUAAACAAUGGUGGGCGGUGAGGUUCCGGAGAAAUUGUAGGAAGGAACUGCAGAUGCGGGUCUACACCGAAGAUAGACACAAGAUGCUGGAGUAACUCAGUGGGACAGGCAGCAUCUCUGGAGAGAAGGAAUGGGUGACGUUUCGGAUCGAGACCCUUUUUCACUGCUUCUAUAUCCACAGAUACUGCCUGUCCCGCUGAGUUACUCCAGCUUUUUGUGUCAAUCUUCGGUUUAAACCAGCAUCUGCAGUUCCUUCCAAAACAUUUCACUCUUUACAACCCGUGCCAGUCCCUCCCGCCCGUUACUGUGCUGGGCCUUGGGCCCGUGUUGAUGGACACUUUAAUUCUCCUUCCUAUUCCUACACAGACCUUUCCGUCCUCGGUCUCCUCCAUUGUCAGAGUGAGGCUAAACGCAAAUUGGAGGAACAGCAUCUCAUAUUUCGCUUGGGCAGUGGUGUGAUUAUUGAUUUCUCUCACUUCAGGUAGCCCCUGCAUUCCCUCUCUCUCUAUCCCUCCCCCACCCCUACAAACAAUGACCUGUUUCAUUUAUCAAUGUUACUUUUUUUGCAUACCUUUAAUUCACUGUCUAUCUCGUCUACAUCAGGGUCUACAUCUCUCGUUUCCCUUAUCCCUAAUCAGUCUGAAGAACCCGAAAGCCGGUCGCCCAUUCCUUCCCUCCAGAGAUGCUCCCUGCCCCGCUUAGUUACUCCAGCUUUUUAUGUCCAUCUUCGGUUUAAACCAGCAUCUGUAGUUCCUUCUUGCACUCGGACCCGUGUUUAAACUGCGUUGGGGAACUCAGAGCUUCAGCUCCCACGUCGGUUGGCUUCAGUGGAAUGGGUUAAAGGGUAAUCCCGCCGUCUCUCCUGUCCCCGCUGGAGAGGGGCGGCUCAUUUGCCGCCUCGCCCAGCCUUGGUGCACUCUUUCCGCCGCGGGUCGGCGUUUGAAACGGCAACUUUGUUGUCCGAGAGGCAAGGAUUGGGCAGGCGGGCUCCGUGUUUCCCGCGGAGAGGCCGGGAGAUGGAGAUGGUGAAGGCAGACGCCUCUCCCGCCGAACAAUGGCGAUGCGUUUCAGGAAGAAGGUAUUGGCGGUGAGGUGUCGCGGAGAGCUGCCCGAGGGGCCCAAAGUAUCAGGUGGGUUUCCAUUUGAUGCUCUCACUCCAGAAAGAGCAAGGAUUGUGCGACAAACCCGCUCACAAACAGCGGCGAAUAAGUAGUGUAGGAAGUGACUGUAGAUGCUGGUUUACACCGAAGAUAGACACAAAAUGCUGGAGUAUCUCAGCAUGACAGGCAGCAUCUCUGGAGAGAAGGAACGGAUGACGCUUUGGGUCGAGACCCUUCUUCAUUCGAUCUCUCCAGAGAUGCUGCCUGAAUAUCAGCGGUAAAUGAGGCGCACAGUCCGGGCUACAUGAGGGCGAGUAGAGAGAGGCUCGGUGGGGUGGGGCAGGGUCCCGCUACGUUGGAGAAGCGAGGGACUGGCCCAGUAUCACCGCCUCUCACACACACACCACACUACAGGCGUUGUAAAGGAAUGUAUUGUAAAGAAUUGCUGGUGUAAAAGUGAAUGUAGAUAAUGACAUUCUCAUGAAUGUAUUUACUGUAUAUAUUAUAAUUAGCAAAAUAUAUUUUAGAAGCAAUGCGCAGAAUGCCCCCGCACUAUCCGGUCACUUUCAAUAUCCACGUGUGUUGUGUGGUAUAGAUUUAUACUUUAUACUUGGUGUUAUUUCUGCAUCGUGUGAAAUUGAAAAUGUUGAGGAUGUAGCAUGUGUUUAGUUCCUUUAUUCCGUGUCUGUCGCUGCCUUUCGCAGUGACCAUCCAUCCCUGUGUUUUGUACAUGUCACGGUAUUGUUAUGACUAGAAGCGACCUGCACCUGGAGACUGACUGAACUCUGAAACCGUGAGCGUCCUGGGCAGCGUGAGCUGGCAGUGGCACUGGCUGCGUUUAAACCAGUUUGCCCGCCAAUCCACGGUUGCAACUGUGAACUUGUCGUUUGCAUUUUUUUUUUAAAGUUGACCUGUUAAAUUGAUGUGAACAAUUCUCUAUCGCCGAGAGAUUUACGAGCCAAAGCAACAAUGCGCUGGAUGCAUUAUUUUUUUUAACUGUUUUUGCAUAUUUUAUACUCUGUAGCCAUUACUGGCACUUGAAUUUUGAUAUUAAACGAAUUAAUUACAGAAA